AUGUUCAGGUACUUCUUCGGGCCGGAGAAGCCGCCUCCUCCGCCUAUUGACCCAAAGCCUUGGGACGGAAACCACCGACUCGUCGAGGUGCCAGACGGCACGACGCACAUUCCUCGCGUCGCCUUUUACUCCAAAGCGUGCCUGCAAGAAGUCACACUCCCGAGUUCGCUCGUCUAUGUUGGCAGCAGCAGCUUCGCGAACUGCAGCGGGCUCCGGUCGAUAACCAUACCUGAUGGUUGCUCUGUUGGAAAGUACGCCUUCCAGCAUUGCGACAUCAGGUCCAUCGUCCUUCCCGCCGGCCUCAAGGAGAUCAGAAGCGGCACGUUCUGCGGGUGCUACAGACUCAGGAAAAUCCGCCUUCCCGCCAGUCUGGAGCGCAUCCAGCAGAGCGCCUUCCUCUGGUGCCACGACCUGAACCACAUCCGCCUUCCCGACGGCCUCAUCAGCAUCGGAAGAUCGGCCUUCGCCUACAACAACAAGCUCGC